AUGGCUCUAGAAGCCGAUAUCCAGCACGCUAACACACUAGCUUUAGAUUAUCCUCGGGAGAAAGAUGGAGCUCGCGUUCAGAUGAGAUUAUCUUACAGCCCGGCUGCUCAGUUUCUUCUUUUUCUUGUACAGUGGACUGAUUGUCACCUCGCUGGUGCUCUCGGUUUACUCAGAGUUCUUAUCUAUAUGACUUAUGCGGAUGGGAAAACAACAAUGUCGGUUUACGAGAGAAAAGCCAGUAUUAGAGAGUUCUACGCUGUUAUAUUCCCAUCGUUGUUACAACUACAAAAGGGUAUUACAGACUUAGAAGACCGGAAACAAAAAGAGGUAUGCAGCAUGCGGUACAGAAAGAAGGACGAAACAGAGAAGUGUGAGUUCUCGGAGAUUGAGAUGGAAAGAGAAGAAGAAUGUGGAAUCUGUAUGGAGAUGAACAGCAUGGUCGUGCUUCCAAACUGUACUCAUUCUUUGUGCAUCAAGAGAGGGAGGUCACAGUCAUGCCCUUUCUGCAGAGACAGUCUUAAGAGAGUAGAGUCGUGUGAACUAUGGAUGUUCUUGGACAAGACAGAUACAGUGAACCUGUCUGCAAUCGUUAGAGAGAACCAGAAACGGUUGUUUGUGUACAUUGAGAAGUUACCACUGGUGGUUCCAGAUCAGGCGUUUGCGUCUUCUCCAUACGAUUGCCAUGUGCGGUGAAAGAAGGAAAAGGCCAAGACCGGUUCUGUAUAUUAUAUAGACUUUAAAUUUGGGAGGAAAAGGAGGAUUCCUUUGUAUAUUUAUUAGAGUUAGCAGAAGUAGUAGUAGUAGUCCCGUCUAUUUAAACUCUCUUCUUUUACCAUUUUAUUGGGAGAGCUCCACUUGCUUUUUGUGCAUUUGGUUGUGGUUCCCAGUUACUGUUUACAAACAUAAACCAUCUUCUUUUGAAGAACAGGGGUUUAGUUUACUCACAACUAUAAUCUACAUUUCAAAUUGGCUAUUCAUGUGUAUACUGUAAACAGGGUAAACGUAAGGUUAAAAAAAGUAUUUUUGCGAGGUCC